AACCUAGAAGACUUCUACUACUACUACUACUACUCCACCAGACUUGAUUUCGUUUUCAUCUUCAUUUUCUUUCUUCUCCAAUGGCUAAUGAAGAGGCAAGAAACUCAGACUCUGAGAAGCAAAGGCUUCUCAUCAGUCAGCACAAAGAGAAGCACUUCACCGCCGGUGAGAUCGUCCGUGACAUCAUCAUCGGAGUAUCUGACGGUCUCACCGUCCCCUUCGCUCUCGCUGCCGGUCUCUCCGGUGCAAAUGCCACGUCAUCGAUUGUCCUCACCGCUGGAGUUGCCGAAGUCGCCGCCGGCGCCAUCUCCAUGGGACUUGGCGGAUAUCUUGCUGCGAAAAGUGAAGCGGAUCACUAUAAGAGGGAGUUGAGGAGAGAACAAGAAGAGAUAGUGAAUGUUCCGGAUACAGAGGCGGCAGAGGUAGCAGAGAUUCUUGCAGAGUAUGGAAUAGAGCACCAUGAGUAUACACCAGUAGUGAAUUCCCUGAGAAAGAACCCACAAGCUUGGCUUGAUUUCAUGAUGAAGUUUGAACUGGGACUGGAAAAGCCAGAUCCAAGGAGAGCACUGCACAGUGCACUGACGAUUGCGAUUUCUUACAUUCUUGGUGGAGUGGUGCCUUUGAUUCCUUACAUGUUCAUUCCAAAGGCGAGGGAAGCAUUGGCUGGAUCUGUUGUGUUGACUUUGGCGGCAUUGCUUAUAUUUGGGUUUGCCAAGGGCUACUUCACCGGUAGCAAACCCUUCCAAAGCGCCUUCCAGACGGCCCUCAUCGGAGCCAUUGCAUCUGCUGCUGCCUUUGGCAUGGCGAAGGCAAUCCAUCCUUAAACACCCUGAAUGACUGUCACACAGUUAUUAAUUUGGCUCUAAUUCGUUAAGGGUGUACUUUACCUUUGUGUGUUCUAGCUAUGGAAACUUCUCCACGAGCCUCGUAGUAUGUAUGUACCGUACUUUCUUAUUAAAAUUUACAGAGAAUAAGGUUGUGUUACAAAAACUGAAAAUAAUAUGGCUACAA